GACAAGUAAACUCUGAGCUGAACUUGUCAACCACCUCAAAGGAAAAGAAAGAAAGAAAGAAAUUAAAGUAUACUCCAAAACAGAACAGCAGUCUCUCUCUCUCUCUCUCUCGAGCUGUGUGGGUGAGUCAAUUGGAAUCUAAGUGAACCACCCCAAACUAACCCCCCCACCCCCUCCAACGACCAAUCCAUCUGCUAAUAACAAAGACCAGGGCGGCCUGCCUCCGUGGGGUGUGGGGGACACACGGGAAGAAGACGAAGAAAUGGAGGAGAUGAUGAAUCAGAAUCCACAUCCACAUCCACUGGAGGGGCCUGGGCCUGGGGGGAGUAGCAGUACUGAUAGUAGUAUUGGGUUAGAGUAUUGGGUUCAGUGGCAAGUCCUAGUGUGCGCGCUCAUCCUCAUCCUUCCAUCAGUUGUUGCUGUCAGAAUCCUCAAAAGAGAGCUACACCGACACCCUCCUCUCAUCACUUCCACUUCCAGUUCUGAUCUGUGGCUUCCUUGCUGGACUAACCUCCAUCCCCUUUGGCUUCUCUUCUUCAGAGCCUUUGCCUUCGCUUCCAUGUCUUUCAUUCUCUGUCGCGUCGUCAUCGUCCUUGGGGGACCUUUCGCUUUCUACUUCUACACCCAGUGGACUUUUGCAUUGGUCACGCUUUACUUUGCCCUUGCGACCGUUGUAUCUGCUCGUGGAUGCUGGAGGUACUCAAAGAACUCUUUUCUUGGAGAUAAAGGAGAAAGCACCAAAGGUGCAACUAAGUUUCAAAGCCGUUACACCCAACAAGAAGUGACCGAGUGGAAAGCAGAUUUCUUGGAGCAGCUCUUACAAGCUGUUUAUCAGACUUGUGCAGGUGCCUCUAUGCUAGCGGAUGUUGUUUUCUGGUGUCUUCUAUUGCCAUUUCUCCUAGGUGAUAAAUUUCAGCUCACCCUUUUGAUUGGAAGCAUACACAGUGUGAACGCUAUUUUUCUCAUGCUUGAUUCUGCUCUCAAUAGCCAACCAUUUUCUUGGUAUGGACUUGCAUAUUUUGUGCUGUGGAGCGUUUCCUAUGUUGUCUUUCAAUGGAUUCUUCAUGCCUGUGGUUUUACAUGGUGGCCAUAUCCUUUCCUUGAGCUUUCAACUCCAUCGGCACCUCUAUGGUAUUUAGCCUUGGGUUUGGUUCACCUCCCUUGUUAUGGAAUUUAUGUGCUGCUUGUUAAAGCAAAAGGCUCAAUCUUCUCCGGGAUCUUUCCCUAUGCAUUUGCAAGGACUAUAGAUGGCACUAGGAAGAAUUCAUCGGAGAAGAAGCAAAUCUAAAACCUAUAUAUGUUAAAGUUGCCGUUGUGCUGAUUGAUUAUGUAUCCCAUAUCAUGUCAUGAACAAUAAAAAUUAAAGGUAGUAAUCAAUGUUGUUAAGAUGUUAGUAGUGUAAUUUCUUCAUGGUUUACUGAUUGAAUAAACAUUAAACUUUUGAUAA